CCGUAUGAACUGUCGGCAUCAUCGGUUUAACUUGAACGACAUAAAAAUUUUCUAUCCGUUAGAAGUUCAUUUUUUACCUUAUCGUUCUUUCCCUCUUCUCAUCCAACCUCCGUCCAUUAACCAGAACUCGACUUUCUCUUCCCCCAUGUUUCAUGUUUCUCGCCCACAAUUCCUUUGAAUCCGUAGACACACAAACACAAUCUCUUUCUCUCUCUUCAUUAACUUUCUUACUUAAGUUUCAAAUUCGACGAGUCUUUUUCUCUCUCUUUCUGUUUUGGUAUGCAUAAACUAACUGGACAGAGAAAAGGAGAAGAGAAGAAAGUGUAUGAGUCCUCCAUGAUGCUGCUUUUGCUUCAGUGACGCCCAUUUGUUUUCUCUUUCUUGACUUGUUGUUUGUAACAAUAUUCAUUUCUGAACGACACUGAAUUACCAAGCAAAGGAGCGAAAGCUGAAGGAAAGAAGAUACUUCUUCUUACCCUUUUUUGUAGGUUUCACUAUCUUAGAUUGAUCAUUUUCACACAAGAAACAAUUCCCAUAUUGCAAAAUUUUAUUUCUUAGUCCAAAUGCCGAAGUCCCCAUUUCAGCAAGACCAUGAAACUAUGCCAGGCUUUGAAUUUUUCAAGAAAUUCAAGCGUUUGAGGCUCUUUGAGCCGUACUUAGGCGUUGGGUUCUUCUGUGUUGUACUGUGCGUGAUUUGCUGGUUCUUUUACUUUGAUUAUCGGGCUAUGCCUAAAGGGUACACUGUUCCGGGCAAAUCAGAGAGGUUAAAGUGGCUGAAACCAGACGGUGGGCCUAUUGGGAAGAAGAAGAGAGUUGAGUUUUUGAGUGAGAAGGCUAACGAGUGUGAUGUGUUUGAUGGAAAUUGGGUGUGGGAUGAGAAGUACCCUUUGUAUCAGUCUAAAGAUUGCAGAUUUUUAGAUGUAGGAUUUAGGUGUACUGAAAAUGGUCGGCCUGAUUUGUUCUUCACUAAGUGGAGAUGGCAACCCAGACUUUGCAAUUUGCCAAGAUUCAACGCAACUCUUAUGUUGGAGAAACUCCAGAACAAACGCCUUGUUUUUGUUGGUGACUCAAUCGGUAGAAAUCAAUGGGAAUCACUUCUCUGCAUGCUCUCUUCAGCCAUUCCAAAUAAGGAUUCAAUAUAUGAAGUGAACGGCAGCCCUAUUACAAAGCAUAAAGGCUUCUUGGUAUUCAAGUUUAAGGACUACAAUUGCACAGUGGAGUACUACAGAGCUCCUUUUCUUGUCCUGCAGAGCAGACCUCCUGCUGGAUCUUCGGAAAAGAUUAGGACAACCCUUAAAUUGGAUAAAAUGGAUUGGAAUCACUUAAAUUGGAGAGGUGCAGAUGUGCUGGUUCUAAAUACAGGGCAUUGGUGGAAUUAUGAUAAGACCAUAAGAGGAGGUUGCUACUUUCAAGAAGGGUCUGAGGUAAAACUGGAAAUGAAGGUAGAGGAUGCAUAUCAGAGGUCCGUAGAAACGGUCUUGGACUGGAUAUACAAUGAAUUGAAUACAAGCAAGACACAGGUCUUCUUUCGUACGUAUGCUCCAGUCCACUUCAGAGGCGGAGAUUGGAGGACCGGGGGAACCUGUCACUCGGAGUCACUUCCUGAGCUGGGAACAUCAUUGGUAGCUCCUGAUUCUUGGACCCAAUUCAAAAUUCUCGGUGAUGUUUUGUCAGCUCACACGAAUACUAAGAAAUUUGAUGUGCUGAAUGUGACUUAUAUGACUGCUCUAAGAAAAGACGGGCAUUCAUCGCUGUAUUAUUUGGGUCCUCACAAAAGCCCCGCACCUCUCCAUCGGCAAGAUUGCAGCCAUUGGUGCCUGCCCGGAGUCCCGGAUUCUUGGAACGAGAUUCUCUAUGCACUAUUGCUAAAGCAUGAGGUCACUCAUCCAUCUAACACAUCAACAUAUAGAGCACAGGCAUAGUUGAUUACAAGUUCUUUGCACAUAAUGACUUCAAGUGUCAAACAAAGGCAAACAAAUAGAGCAUGUAAGUUAGAUUUUGUUGUAAGGUGGUCAAAUUUAAAUGCUCAUUCAAGAUUGUGACACCGAUGAAGAUUCGUUUCAGGAUUUUAAACAUUAAAUCCUAAACUCUAAACGCUUUCUUGUAUCGGAAAAAUGUAGGCUUACAUUUAGGGCUUUGUAGAUGGACACAGAAUUUUUGAAUCAAAAUGAAACUAUAGGCUUCUUUUGUUGUA